GCGCAACUUUGGAUGGACUGAUCUUUAAUUAUGUGAAUAACUCUAUAAAGGCGUAAAUAUAUCUCAAAGCACGUCGUACACGUUUUAAGAAGGACAACAGAGGAACUUUAUAAUGGCUGCUCCUCAGAGCGCAUCAAACGUAACGCGCAACUUAACGAAUCAGUUCGUGCAGCCGCCGUGGCGCGUCGCGGUCUGGUCGGUCGCCUACAGCUCCGUACUGGCGGUCGCCGUGUUCGGAAACCUCAUUGUUAUUUGGAUCAUUUUGGCCCAUAAACGGAUGCGUACCGUGACCAACUAUUUCUUGCUCAACCUGGCUUUCUCCGACGCAUCGAUGGCCGCUUUCAACACGCUCAUCAAUUUCAUUUACGCGACACAUGGAGAGUGGUACUUUGGAGAGGUGUACUGCAAGUUCCACAACUUCUUUCCCGUCACCGCCGUGUUUGCCAGCAUCUAUUCCAUGACAGCUAUUGCAGUCGAUAGGUACAUGGCCAUAAUUCACCCACUGAAGCCCAGGCUGUCAGCGACUGCUACUAAAGUUGUGAUUCUCUGUAUUUGGGCACUUGCGGUGGUUUUGGCUUUCCCCUUAUGUUUCUUCUCUACCACAAGAACAAUGCCUCGACGAACCGUCUGCUACGUUGCCUGGCCGAGACCUGCAGAGGAUUCAUUUAUGUAUCAUAUCAUAGUAACAGUGCUGGUGUACAUGCUGCCUCUAGUGGUAAUGGCUAUUACCUACACUAUAGUAGGGGUGACACUUUGGGGAGGAGAGAUCCCUGGAGAUUCAUCUGAUAACUACAUUGGACAACUGCGAGCCAAAAGGAAGGUGGUGAAGAUGAUGAUUGUGGUGGUAGUGACAUUUGCCCUCUGCUGGUUGCCCUAUCAUGUGUACUUCAUUGUGACAGGCCUGAACAAGCGGCUAAGCAAGUGGAAGUCGAUUCAGCAGGUUUAUCUGUCUGUUCUGUGGUUGGCCAUGAGCUCCACAAUGUACAACCCUAUUAUAUACUGCUGCCUAAAUGGCAGGUAAUUACAACUUACUCUCCUACAUACACUACCAGUGAAAGAUUUGAUAUAUUAUAUUAAUAUCUGAGAUGCCAUAUAUUUCAGUGAGCUGUUUUUCCUGAUCUGCAGGUUUAGAGCAGGCUUCAAACGGGCCUUCAGGUGGUGUCCCUUCAUCCAGGUGUCGAGCUAUGAUGAACUAGAGCUCCGCCCCACCCGACUCCACCCACGCAACCAGAGCAGCUUGUGCACCCUGUCACGCAUC